UACAAUUCAGGGAGAAAUAUGGGUGAAGUUCAGGCCGUCAGGGAUGUUCAGAAGACCUUCGUUGCUCCAGCAAUAAAGUCUUUUGAGCACUAUGACUUCUCCCGAGCCAAAAUCUGUUGCAGCCUCACAUGGCUGGUGGCCAAAGCGUACGGGACAGACAGCAUCCCAACUGACUUGAAGGACCCCUUCUACACAGACCAGUAUGAGCAGGAGCACCUGAAGCCUCCUGUGACCAGCCUCCUGCUGUCUGCAGACCUUUACUGCAGGGCCGGCAGCCUCAUCCUGAAGAGUGAAGCCUCCAAGCCCCUGCUGGGCCAUGAUGCUGUGAUCCAGGCGCUGGCACAGCGUGGACUCUACGUCACCGACCAGGAGAGACUGGUCACUGAGAGGGACCUUCGAAAGAGGCCUCUACAAAUGAGCGCCCAUCUGGCAAUGAUAGACACUCUGAUGAUGGCUUACACGGUGGAGACUGUGAGUGUGGAGAAGGUGAUGGCCUGCAUUGGUCAGUAUUCAUCCUGCAACCCUGAGGUGGAAACGCCAUAUGAUACAGAAGAUGCAGUGACCACGUGGCUCAACAAGGUAAAUGAAUAUUUGAAAGACAUUGUGGCUCAGGAGCAGAGGAAGAAGGAGGCACAGAGCGCUGAGCCUGCUGGGAGUCCUCGGUCUCCAACCAAGUGGUACAUGAAGCUUGUGCCUGCUCGGUACAGGAAAGAGCCGGCCUCGACCCAGCUAGUUCCCUGGAUCCCCCCAGUGGACAACCUGCUGAAAGACAGCACAGAUGGCUCGGCCCUGGGUGCUCUGCUGCAUUUCUACUGCCCUCAGCUGCUACCACUGGAUGAUGUCUCUCUGAAGGAGAACAUGACGCUGGCUGAUCGGCUGUACAACCUGCAGCUCAUCCAGGACUUCUGCAAAGACAACCUGAACAGCUGCUGCCACUUCAGCCUGGAGGACAUGCUCUACGCCUCCUCCACCAUCAAGAAUAACUACCUGGUGUUUAUGGCAGAGCUGUUUUGGUGGUUUGAAGUGGUCAAGCCGUCUUUUGUGAAACCAAGAAAACUGGACAGCGAAGGCACAGAGCCCUCAGCCGUGCUGAAGAGUAUGCCAGCUAUCCCCAUCUCCAAGGCAACCAAGAGAAGCUUCAUGGAAAGACCCCCCAGCCCUGAGCGACCCAGUUUACCCCUCCGACCCCAGCCCAGAAACUCAGGAGAGAUCAAGAGGUCAACCUCAAUGUCUUUUGUUGAUGGCAACCUUGGCACCUGGCCCAAAGAGAAAAGGUCUGGACCUUAUGGAGUGUCUUUUGACAUCCCCUUUGACAAAGAGGACUCUGCUCCUGCCCCUCUUUCCUCCACACGUGGCAUGGUCAGGUCUGUCAGCACCGAUGAUGGUUCCGGUUUCAAGGUCCACCACCUGCCCCAUGGAAUGAAGCGGAAUCUGUCCUUCCAGCCAGUGAAUGGUCAGAAUGUUGGCAUUGAGGAGGAAGGUUGCCCAGACAGCCUAGCUGGUAUGGAGCCUGGCCGGCGAGCUUAUCCCAACGGACAUGGGAGUGUCAUGGCAACAACUCCUUCCAUGGAGGAGGCUCUUCAAAUUAUCCACAGUCCUAGCAGGCCCCCAGUGGAGGGCAUCAACAACGGUUUCUUCCUCCACAGUCAGGACCAUGGAGCUAGUGUUGGUGGCUUAGAGCCAUUGUCUGAGGUGGACUCCAAAGGACCUCUGAGCACCACAGACACCACAGAGGUAGACACUGGCAUCCAUAUCCGAACAGAGGACAUGCUGGAUGAGGAUUCUUCUCUGAAAGACUGCUCUGUGAACAUGGAGCUGGAUAUGGACUCACCAAGCCCUUGCCCAAGCAGCCAGAGCAAAUCCCCUUCAGGAGUGAAGUUGACCAGCUUUGCUGAACAGAAGUUGAGGAAGCUCAAUCCAUCAGCACCUGACUCAGGGAGGGGCAGCAGCAGCUCCCUCAAGACCACUCCUGAGGGCUCUGAGUUUGGCCUCCCAUUAUCUGUCUCCUGGGCCCCAACCCCUGAGCACAGCCCCAUCCAUCAACAAACCACACCGCCCCUUACUGCUCAAGCAUCGCCAACACCUGUCCAGCUUCCACCCAAUGACCCCGCUCAAGUCAUGGCUACGGAGAUGGUACAGCUGAGGAUGAGGUUGGAGGAGAAACGGAAAGCCAUUGAAGCACAGAAGAAGAAAGUGGAGGCGGCUUUUACAAGGCAUCGGCAAAAGAUGGGUCACUCAGCGUUUCUCAAUGUGGUAAAGAGAAAAGGGGAUGGGGCCGCCAGUGGAGAGGAAGGAGGGAAAACUGAGGGAGAAGGCAAGGCAGCAAGCACAAGUCCCGUCUUUAAGUUUGGGAGGAGGAAGGCAGACACACCCGAUGGGGCAGAGCAAAGCAGCACAGCCUCCUGCUGGACAAAGUCACCCGGUGCAGGGGAAGAGGGCGGACAAAGUCAUGCUCAGCUAACCGAGGUGGAUCUCACAGAGUACACACGUUCUAUUGAGAAACUCAACCACUCAUUAGCCUUCCUCCAGACUGAGAUGCAGCGACUGGCUCAGCAGCAGGAAGUCAUCAUGGCCAUGAGGGAGCAACAACAUCAGCAGGCGUGGGUCAUCUCUCCUCCACAUACAAACCCGUCACCACAAAAACACAGUCGAGCCGGAGCUGUUACUCGAUCCUCAGGACCCUCUUCUCCUGCCGAUUCUCCUCGUUCCACCCACCGCUCUCCAACCAGCAUCAAACGCAAAUCUGCCUCCUUCCACUCACGUAAUCCCCGCACUGCUCGUCCCAGUGAGCUCAAGCUUGCUCCCUACAGUCGAGUCCUAACUGCCCCGCAAUCUGUCGAUAGCAUCCCAAGGCUACGGCGAUUUUCUCCCUGCCAGCCUUUGGCAAGUUCCUUUGUUUACAUGGGGGAGAAACCAGCAACCGCCAAUCCAGAGACAGUAGCCCCAGAAGGAGAUAAAACCAAGGAGACUGAUUCCCUCCUUUCCCCAGAGAGAGAGUUUGCCAGUAUAUGUGUAGCCAGCUCACCCCCCAGCUCCCCUGACCUGCAGAACAAAAGAGAGCAAACAGAAGUAGACUCAAAUGUCAAAACCCAGGAAAGGGAGGCUCACAGCCAAUCCAAGAUUGCUGUCAUGGAAACAGAUGAACAGAAAGCCGGAGUUCAGAAGUCAAUUGUAGAUGUCAAACCCACCAUAGAGUCAUCAUUUCCUGAGGUUCUGGCCCACCCUGUGGUAGAAACCUUUACAGUUACACCUACAGAGAUCCCUCCCCAGCCAGAAGCCUCAGGCCAAGCAAAGAGCAGCUUGAUUGAAGUUCCUCUGUCAGUCACGAAGCCACUGGAGGACCUGACCCUUGACGAUGGACUGGAGAUGCAGCAGGGUAACGUGGAAGGCCUAGAUGAGGAGCAGAAGAUGUGCAGAGGUUUCUUCUUCAAGGAGGACGGAAAGGCAGAGGAGAAUAUGGCUCAGAGGAGGGCAGCUUUGCUGGAGAAAAGGAUGAGGAGGGAGAAGGAGAGCCAGCAGAGGAAGAUGCAGCUGGAGGCUGAGCUAGAGCAGAAGAAAGAGGAAGCACGAAUGAAAGCAGAGGAGGAACGUCUCAGGAAGGAGGAGGACAAGGCCAGGAGAGAGUUCAUCAAACAGGAAUAUCUCAGGAGGAAGCAGCUCAAACUGAUGGAGGACAUGGACACUGUCAUCAAACCUCGACCAGCCGGUGGAGCCAAGCAGAGGCGGGGCCGGCCAAAGUCCAUCCAUCGUGACAGUAUGGACUCCCCCAAAACCCCUGUCAGAGCUGCCACAGUCUCCAGCUUGUCCCUGGCUUCCCUCAACCUGGGAGACAGCGACAGCGUUCACUCUGAGAAGAGGACACCAAGAAGUUCUAGUUUAGCCUCUGGCAGUCUCUUCUACUUUCUGAGCUCUCCUAAACUGAGAAGGAGAAGGCCAGAUUCUGCAGACAGCUUCCUGUCCCCAAGUCGCUCUAGCAGCAGGAAUGGAGAAAAGGACUGGGAAAAUGGAUCCACAACCUCCUCUGUUACAUCCAACACAGAGUACACCGGACCAAAACUAUACAAGGAACCCAGUGCCAAGUCUAACAAGCACAUCAUCCAGAACGCUCUGGCUCACUGCUGCCUCGCAGGCAAGGUCAAUGAGGGCCAAAAGAACAAGAUCCUGGAGGAAAUGGAAAAAUCGGAGGCCAACAACUUCUUAGUGUUGUUCCGUGAUGCCGGCUGCCAGUUCCGCUCACUCUACACUUACUGCCCCGAGACAGAAGAGAUCAACAAGCUGACAGGUAUCGGCCCCAAGAGCAUCACACGCAAGAUGAUAGACGGCCUCUACAAGUACAACUCGGACAAAAAGCAGUUUAGUCAGAUACCAGCCAAGACCAUGUCGGCCAGCGUGGACGCGGUGACGAUCCACAACCACCUCUGGCAAACCAAGAAGCCAGCCACCCCUAAAAAAGUAGUGCCUGCCCUGUCCUAAUGGAACUUGGUACCCGUAACAUCACCAUUACUCCCUCAAAUGGAACAUCCUCAUUUCAAUUUGCACUUCACUGUACAUAUCCAUAAAGAUUCA